AUGUCCUCCCCAACCAUGACAUACCCAUCCUGCACGGUCCGACCGAUCGAUCUGAGCCGAGAGGAAGAUGUGGAGGCUCUCGAAUCCGCCUGCGCGGAAGAGCAGCGCCUUGACACACUGGCCAGGUACCCGAGUGCCAAUUCCAGGUUUCUCGCCACCAAGCACGUACUUGAGAGGGGGGAACGCCUGAUGUGGGUGGCGGAGAGACCCGCUUCGACUUCUGAAGGCGGUGACUCACAUUAUGCCCAAGAGAUCAUUGGCUACAUUGGCCGAUCGGUGUUCGCCGACGACAUUGACCGAGAUGGGCGGUUCACUGCGCUACAGACCCCUUGGUUUGGUACAGAUCCCUCGAAAGCAGACGUCAAGGCAUCACUUCUCAGUGCCGCAUUGCAGCCAGGAUCCACCUCCGAUACGGUCUUCCGGUCCGUGCGUGUGUACAAGAAACCGCUGAAUGAGGAAGAGCUCAUUCCGUGGUGCAAGAGGGAAGGCUUCUCGCUGGGGACUGUCCCUGUCAAGUCGGGUCUCCACUUCUACAAGAAAGUGAUGCCCGAUGAGACAGGCGACAGCGCAAAGUGGGAGACCGCAGAGAAAGCUUUCGGCUUGACUUGGGGAGAAGCCCUCAGGGACGGAUCGAGCUUCGUACCUCUCCCUUCAGUCAAGACGGAUCCGUCGUUCCGAAUUCGGGAGAUCACUGAGGACGAGCAGGAUCGAAACCUUUUGAGCGAUGCCUCGGUCUUCUUCAAGCUUCAGGAAAUGCAGAUCAGUCAUCGAACUCCGAUCCACCCAGAUGUCAUCGCGAAGAUGCGCAAGGACCAUGACAUGUGGUUUGCGCGCUGCACCUCUACGUCAGGAUCCACGAAAUCGCAAUCCACGGCAUUUGUGGCAGAAGUCAACCAUGGAGACAGGGGAACGAUACCGAUCGGAAUCAGCACCGCGCGCGUGCGGCAUGUUGGCACCCUACUUGGCCGAUAUGCGAUGGAGAGGGCUGAAGCCGGAGACCUACAGGUCGGUGUGAACGACCACAAUCCACAGAAGCCCAUGCUCAUGGAGAGAUACGAGGCCGAGGGUUUCGGGGAGCCAGCUCGGAUCCAGUAUCCGGGCUUCCUGCACGAGCCGUACUGGUCUACGCACUUGAUACUUCACAAGGACUGA